GACGGAUAGUGUAGCCACGGACUGUAGCUGUUGUAUAAUAUUAUGCCUAUCUGCUUAUAAUUUGCGGCUGUGGUCCGAGAGUAGCUUCUAUAAUAUUAUGUAGUACCUCUAAUAUAAUAUUGUAUUAUUGUAGUUGUACGGUUUAGCUCCUGAGUACUGACGUAUUUUAGUCGGUAGCUCCAUAGUUUAAGAAACAAGGUUAGGUUGUACCUUAUUCUCUGUUAGUUUAAAGGCUCUACCAUUGCAUGGGACACCACACUGCUGGUACGCGGAAAAAGCGGUGUCAGGCGCACUGUGGUUUUUGGAAGCCGACCUACACUUGCGUACCAGCCACCCCACAAGAACACCCCGCCCCCUUUGCAUUUCGAACGGUUCCAAUAUUUAUCUUGCAUCCCCUGUUGUGGUUCCAGACCUUAGAGUACAACUGUGCUACUGGCAUUUGCAACACUGAAGAACUUUGCUCCUGUACGACGUCUCAUCUCUUCUGUGGAUUUGACCCGUGUUCGGUGGUCACAUCUGUUGACUUUUUGCGCAGGUAUAGGUAUAUAAAACGAUUACUGUGUAUAAUGGGUUUCGACACAUUAUGGAACGUUAAUGACUGUAAGAGUAUGUAUGAAAGUUCUGAACAAUGGAAAUUUAGGCAAUCAUUUUUGAUUGCCAAUAAAAAGAAAUACCCUAGAGAUAGAUUAGUGAUUUUGUGUCAUAUUUUUAUGCAUGCUGAAUUUAUGAAAUGCGAGUAUCCAAAGCCAACCAUGGAUCUUAUUGAAAAUCUAUCUAAAGAUUUUGUUGAUGAUUUGAGAAAUAAGCUUAACUGUAAGGUACCAAAAAUCAGUAUGACUGAUUCCAAUGCUGCUGGAGCUAAAGAUAAUGAAAAUGCUGAAACCUGCACAACAUCAAACAUAAAAAAUAAUCAACCUCCCGACAAACUAAUGAGAUAUUUGACACCAUAUGACAACAACUGCAUAAGACCAGGUUUUAUUUUGAAAGUUACGCAGGGUGCAUGUGUCUUUGCUAUUCUUACACAGUCGUGUAGUUUUAGCGGAAUAGCGCAACCACAAAUAGUAUAUGAACAUUUAAAUUCUCCACAUGUCCGAGCGAGAUUGUACAUAGAAAAAAAAUUGAUAGCAGUUGAUGAUUCAAAUUCAGAGAAACAGGCUCUUAGAAAUGUUUCAUGUAUUGCCUAUAAUAUUUUGAAAGAAAUGUGCUUUACCAUUAAGGUGAAGGCAAUUGAUAAACAAUCUCAAAUUACUAUGUCAGAUAUUGUGAAUGAUUCAACAUUUGAUGAAAAAAUUGAUUCCAACACAACUACAUAUUAUAGUAAAAUAUCAGAUAACAAUGUUGGUAAUAAGAUUUUGAAAAACAUGGGUUGGAAAGAAGGUGAUGGGUUAGGAAAAAAUAACCAAGGAAUAACAUCACCAAUAGAGAUUAUUCGUCUUAAGAAAAGAGGUGGACUGGGUAUUUCAGAUUGUGAAACUAAUUUAACAAACUUGAAUGACUUUAAAAUACAAGCCAAGAAAUACAUAAUGAGGUUUUUAAAUGGUCCAAAAAAAAGAAUUUCAUUUUCAUCUGAGUUCACGAAAGAAGACCGUAUGAUUAUUCACUCGAUCUGUACAAAAGUUGGCUUAAAGGCCAAAAGUUAUGGAACUCAAGCAAACAGGUAUCUUGUGGUAGUCAAAAUACAAAAUCCACAGGACAUUUAUUAUGAACUCAGAAAUUGCAUCAACUUUGAAAAUGAUUGUUAUGUAUUGAUACCGCCACUGCAUGAAAGCAAUAAUACAUAGUGUAGUAAGAAAUUAUAAACUGGCUUUUUUUUUUUAUUAUUAUAUAGAUUUUAAUUGAUACAACACUGCAGUUGAUAGUUUUUAUUUUAUAUAAGAAACAUGCUUCUAUACAUUUUUUUUUUAAUCGAUAUUUAUAUAUUAUUUCAUUUUCCCAGGAUAAUUUACCUAAUAUAUUAUAACUUAAGUAUAUCAUUAACUUGUAUUAUUUGUAUGACUAAAAAUGUGCCAUGUGUUACCUUGUUAUAAAUGAGAAAAUAAAAAUAAGUUUAUGAUGCU